CUCUUCUCUUUUCAGGUCUACCAAAGAACCUUUGUAAAGAAGCUCAUCACACCCAACACUUUCUCGUUUCUUAAGACAUAAAGAACCUCUUCUCCAUCAAUGACCUCUUUAUCCUGACGCACGCUUGCAAAGCUUGUCCAAGAUCUCUCUCUCUCUCUCUCUCUCUCUCUAUAUCUACUCCUCCGAGUCUCCUAAGUUGUGCAUUCACACAGAGACCGAGAGAGAGAGAGAGAGGGCAGAGGCAAGGAAGAAUGAUCAGGUUGAGAUCAAAGAAGCUCUUCAAGAGGAGUUCUUCCAAGGCCAGUGGCGGCAAUGGUGGGUGCAGCAGGAACGGUGACAUCCAGUGGGAGCUGCGGCCAGGAGGCAUGCUGGUUCAGAAGAGAGAAUGUGGUGAGGGAGCUGAUGAGGUGAUCACAGUGAGAAUCUCUACCGGGUCAAGUUGGCAUGAGAUAUCUAUUGGAGCCACUGCCACAUUUGGGGAGUUGAAGAUAGUUGUGGGCAUGGUGACAGGGCUGGAGCCAAGGGAGCAGAGGCUACUGUUCAAGGGCAAGGAGCGAGAGGAUGGUGAUCAUCUCCACAUGGUGGGCGUGAGGGACAAGGACAAGGUGCUGGUUUUGGAGGAUCCUGCGAUCAAGGAAAGGAAGCUGAUGAUGGCCAUGGCAGAGAGGCAAGUCAUGAGCAGCCCAUGCCACACCAUUAUUGAGGUGUAGGCCUUUGGUUCCUCUCACUCUAUCCCUCUUCUAGUACUAACAGUAUGAGAUGCAAGGAGCUGAGGGCAGACUCAUCCUUUGCUAAGUGUUAGUGUGAUGCUGAGUUUAUGUAAAGUUGAUGUGGAAGAAGAGUUGCAUUCCUAAGUAUUUUUAUGUAAUGGAAUGGAAACUUGGGACAACUUCUUGGCU